UGCAGAGCAACAGGAGCGAAGGCUUCAAGUCUGGAGACGCAUCUUCACACACCUCCGUCCAUGGGCAUCAGCGCAGCUUUAUCUCCACGAUCCUCACACAGACACACUCCAUACCUCUCACCCUGACCGCCUCUGGAAUACACACACACACUGAGCUGGACCAUUCAGACGAGAGGAUGUGUUGUAAGCUGCUAUUGUGGGUCCUGCUGGCCGCUGUCCUAUGUGCUGUGUCCGAGUCCCGGAAAAACCGCCCUCAAGGCUCCAUCCCCUCGCCGUACAAAACCAGCUCCAACACCUCGGACCGCCGUGGGCGCAAACAAGAAGUGCUGGCCUCUAGUCAGGAAGCUCUGGUGGUGACAGAGAGGAAGUACCUGAAGAGCGACUGGUGCAAGACGCAGCCCCUGCGGCAGACCGUCAGCCAUGAGGGCUGCCAGAGCCGCACCAUCAUUAACCGCUUCUGCUACGGCCAGUGCAACUCCUUCUACAUCCCACGCCACGUCAAAAAGGAGCAGGAGAGCUUCCAGUCCUGCGCCUUCUGCCGGCCACACCGGUUCACCACACUCACUGUGGAGCUGGACUGCCCUGACCUGCAGCCUCCAUUCAGGCACCGAAAGAUCCAGCGUGUCAAGCAGUGCCGGUGUAUUUCUGUUAGUGUGGCUGAAUCUGGCAAGCAAUGAGACUGAUAGACCACGGGGCCAGCUUGGAACACAAUAUACACUAUAUGAUAAACUAUUUGAUUUAUAGAUUUUGAUACUUCAUAUAGGCAGUGAUUCCAGAGCUGCUAAUCUAUUUUGAGACCACAUCAUAGAACUUUUUUUUGGCAUACCCUCCAUUUCUUGUUGUGUAAAGUUUGCAUCUCAAGACUGAGACUUUCUGAAAGAACACAAAGAAUCAGCUCAUCCUGAAAAAUGUUUUCCAAAAAAAGAAGGAAAACAGAAUAACGCUUCUCUCUCAAACUGCUGUUAA